ACACAUACACGCGUGCACACUUUCCAUCUUCGUCUUAUUCACAGUAUAUGUAUUUAUUUGCCUUCAUUCCCCUGUGCCACUGCAUUCCAAUCAACCCCUUUUUCUUUGGGGCCAGAUUCUUGAAGCACCAACAUCACACUUCAUUUACGCCAAACCACAUCGGCAUUUCUUCAAAUAGUUGACUGAUUAAAAUUGCUUUGCAGGUUGAAGCCUUGGUGAUUAUUUUAGUUCAACAACCAGGCAUAAUAGCAUGGCAGGAACAGCUAUGAUGUGUCGAACUAAAAGUGAUGCAUCAGUAGCAGGCGUGGCGGACACACUUCGUGCUCAGCAGCAACUUCUGCAGAAGUUGUAUGCCGAAUUGGAUGAUGAAAGGGAAGCAUCAGCGAUAGCGGCCAGAGAAGCAAUGGACAUGAUACUGCGUUUGCAAGGAGAGAAGGCUGUGGUAGAUAUGGAAGCAAGUCAGUUCAAGAGAAUGGCAGAAGAGAAGAUGGACCAUGCGGAAGCCACCCUCGAAGCUUUUGAAGAACUUUUGUAUGAAAAGGAGACGGAAAUUGCAUCUCUCAAGUUUCAAUUGCAGGCUUACAAGGACAAACUUGUGAGCUUAGGAUGUGAUCUCAAUGCAAAUGAUCAAAAUAGCAGCACUGAUAUGACAAGGCUAAAGUCAAUGCCCCCAAUUCCGUUUAAAAAGAUUCUGACCCUGAGAGAGGGUCUCGCUCGUAAAGGCGAAAGAUCACCUAAUCCAGCUCCAGUUUCGGGUGACCAAGAACCUCGUUCGCUGUGUGGCAGUGGAACUCUUGAUUCAUACUGGAACAAGAUAAGAAUGUUGCAUGAACAAGUGAAAUUGAUUUCCGAUUGUAAUAACAUAGGAACGAAAUCAUGUUCUAGCAGUAAGGUAACUUGGGAGUGUGGCCAAACACACAAAUUGAACUCUACCAAUUCAGAUGAAGUAGUAAAUCAUGGUGAAAGUAAACGCGACAGUAAAGUAUUUUCCGACCAUCGUGGCUCAGCUAAUGUCCAUGAUGUAUUAGAAGUCCCACAAGCCACAAGAAAACAUGAAAGGAGAAUCAAGCUUGCGAAAUGGAAUUCUGUGGCAGAUAUUACAUUAACAAAACCAGAAUCUGUGUCUGAGGCAAUGGUUGAAUCACAUUUUAAACAUGAUGCAGACAAGAAAAAUGGCAAGGCGACUAUCAUUGGCAAGAAGAAAGAAAGGAUGGGUGUGGAUAGUAAUUCUCAAACUGAAGUUCAUCAGAAAAUUGCGAGACUUCAGAGGCAGAGAACUAGUCGAAGGUAUGAUGAGAUUACCCGUGACUUUGAAUUAGGGGAUGGUGAAGAGCAGUUGAGGCUUUUGAAGGACAUAAAAACUGAACUGAAACUAAUACAAUCAGAGAUGAGAAUCUUGAAAUCCAAAAAUGCCACCCCUGUGGAAGAUGCUGUGUCUUUUGGCCUUCUCCAAGAGGCAAUGGUGCACUUUUGGCUUUGAUCAAGUAACAGCAGAAUGACCAUCUCAGGGGACAAAUCAACUCACUACAAUACAGAUUUAUGUCGGGUAUCGAAAUGUCUAAUUUAAAAUUAUUCAUUGAAAAAUUUCUACAUUUCCAUACAAACAUGUUCUACAUCAGACACUCUAUGUAGGCAAUUGACUGAGGACAUGGUUUAUAUCUCACUUGAGACAGUUGUAAAAUGAUUAUUAGUGCUCCGAUUUAAUAAUUUUCCUUUUUACAA